AUGUUCGAAUCCGCCGCCACGACUGGAGCAUCCAUCUUCAUUCUAGGUCUGGUUGGCUACAGCUACACCAGAUACUACAAGUACAUGGUGCUGGAGAAGAUGGAGAACGCCUUCCGUCCAGGGGAUCCCGUGCUGGAGCUCGCAGCGACUGGGAAGGGAAUUCCACAUCGCGACCACGCGGGGGCGAAAGGAGACAUCCCAGGACUCAAUGACGAAGCCGAGUACGACCGGUGGAUCCCCCGUGAGGAACAGGCCAGAAUCGAUAAGAUCGUCAGCGGGCACGACAAGGGACGCUACCACCUGCUCAUCGGCGAGAAGGGGACGGGCAAGAGCUCGAUGCUGAUCGAUGCCAUGUCCAAGAUCGAUGGCGAGGGCGUCUCCAUGGUUGAAGCCCACGCUGACCUGGAGCUCUUCCGCAUCAGACUCGGCAGGUGUCUGGACUUUGAAUUUCAUGAGGACAACAUCGGUGCACUCUUCUCCAUCCGGGGACCACGUGACGCAUCCGCGCUCCUCGACAUCGAGCGUGCAUUCAACAAGCUCGAGAAGGUUGCCCUAAGGCGCCGGGAAAGAGGUGGAAAGCCCCUAAUUCUCAUCAUCAACCAGGCGCAUCUGCUCCGCGACGAUGAGGACGGCCGGGAUCUGAUCGAGCUGAUCCAGCAGCGGGCAGAACAGUGGGCAGCAUCCAACCUCGCGACCGUCAUCAUCAACUCGGACAAGUACUGGGUGUACGAGCGGCUCAAGCAGCACGCGACCAGGAUGGAGGUCACGCAGGUCAAGGAUCUGCCCAAGGACCGCGCAAUCCAGGCGCUGCGAAACUACCGCAUGAAGUACUUCCGCGAGCAGACCGAAUUCAAGGUGCUCGAAGAGGUGUACGACAAGAUAGGAGGACGUCUCACCUUCUUGAACCGCGUCGCCAAAGCGCAGGACAUGAUCAAUAUGUGCGACCACAUCUGCCACAUGGAGAAGACCUGGUUCCUCAACAACUGCGGCAUCCUCGGCAAGGAGAUGGACGACGACGUCAUGGACCAGCAGAAGUACGCAUCCACAGCCAUGGUCCUCGCCCUGGCCCUACACAAGAAAUACACGCAGAUGGAAUCCACCUACGAUCCGCACCGCGGCCACAUUCUCCCUGAGUUCCCUCUCCACGAAGCUCGCUACAUCAUGACGCGCGCCGACUUUAUCCGCCAGCACCACGACCUGUCCAUCUUCGCCAUCGACUCGCACGCCAUGGUGCGGGCGGACUCAGUGCCCAUGCAGCGCGCGUUUAACGAGAUCUGCUCCGCGGACGGGUUCGAGGACUUCCUCGAGGCCACGCUCGACCGCAUUGGCGACAUCGAGAGCUUGGGUCGUACCAAGGAGCUUACGUUCAAGGACCUCUGGGAUGGUGGAAAGUACAAGUUCACGACGCGCGACCGCAAGGGGAACAUCGAGAGGGAGGUCGAGGUCGAGACUGUGGAGGGGAAGAAGGACGAUGAUGAUGACGACGAGAAGUAA